AUGUUUAUCACCCUCGUCUUUGGAGUUUCUCUCUUCGGGGCAUCAACCUUUGCUGUAGCAAUCGGUCAGAUGACGAAUCCAGCAGACAUAUGGGAACCCGAAAAGCCUCCAUUCUCUAUGGAAAGGGUUCGAAAUUUUCUAGGAGCUGCCUGGCUUUGUUUUAUUCUUGCGAUUGCUGUUGCUGGCUUCAGCUCGAGUCUGCUGACACUCCUCAAACAUCACGCGAACAGAGCUGGGGUGAAUGGCCAGGAAAUGUGGAAGACUAUCGCAAUUACGACUUCUGUACUUCUAUGGACAUUGCUGGCAGUGGCCUUCCUCUUCUUGUCUCUGGCUAUGGUGCCAUAUGCAUAUAUCCCAGGAUGGAUUGCUGUGGCAUCUGCAGUCCUUUUUAGUAUUGGUAUGGCGUGCUUGUUAUUUUUCCAGGUCCGGGCGCACUUUACAAACAAUAACGGUUAG